ACACGGAGUCGGUUCUCUGGUCCUGGAUGCCAACCACGACGUGCCCAAACUCGUCGUAUCUACCAACGUUUUUUCGAGACACCUUUCUGCAUUCGUUUCGCUGACUCUUGCCAAAACCAUCGACCUUUAUUUCACGCGCAUUGCGCAAUGGUGUUAAGAAUUCCCGAAACUGUGAACGAUGUCCGCCUGCUGGAGGACGAGCCGUUUAAGAAGCACUUCACGGACGAGAUAAAUAGUGGACGAGUACGACGUCAAAGACCGAAUACGCGUCGGCCGCUAUUCAAAAACAUCGAGGAAGCUCUGCGCAGUGAAUCAGGCGGCCUAGACGCGGCUCGUGCAUGGCUCAGGACGGUGUUCACGUUCAACAGUGAGCCGCGCUUGGAGUCAGAAGACCUAGACGUUUUCAUCGAGUUCUACUGGAUUCUGCGCCAAGGCGGCGGUGCGCGGUCCGUGGAGCCUCUGCUCCUUACGGCAAGCAGGUCCCGAGACCUCCCCUAUACAUGUCCCUUGGACAAGCCAAUUGUCCUCGACCCGCGCGAAAGCCAGGAGACGAACAGCACUCGUCCAAUUUCACUGGCCAAUGUUUCUGCACCUAAGGAGAAGAAGCCGCGUCAUAAACGUGCCCGUGCUGCCAAGCGUCGCAAAAACGAACCUCAAAACGCGUACGAUGGAGAGCCGGAGGAUAACGACUCAGACGCAGAGUUGAAUGUCGACGCGUCUAUAUCUGCACCGAUGGCGCCUCGAAACCCUUCAGUUCCUCCGCCCUUUGUCUCUGCCCCUGUUUGUCGGCACACUGCUUCUGCGAAAUCUGCUACGACACGGCCAGGGCGUGAGAGGAAGCGUAAAGCCAUCACGCCUCCCCCCGGUCAUGGCGCAUCCUCCGACGGCCUUGCUGAACUCUCGUCGCUUACUUCACUGGAGUCGGAUGCAGAAGAUGCCACGCCUACACGGCUUUCUUCCCCGGUUAUGGCUUACCCCCAAAGGCCUAAGCGACAGGCUUCCAAUGCCGCCAGACUAUCCGAUCUAAUAGCUAUGGAAAAUGAUUACGAGAAGAUGAAGUCUAAGUGUCGCAAGGGCAAGUCUCACGUUCCAGGACGACAGUCGGCCCCGCCUGUCCCGAAGGUUCCGAGAGAGCCUACUACACCCAUCCAGAACGUCCCUAGCAAAGCGGCCACCGUGAAAGCUUGCUCUUCGUUAGCUCUGAAGCCGUCCGAUAAAUGCGUGAGGGCUUCCGCACCUAUCUCGCGCAGGACUCAAAGGUCGCCCCGCCGCUCAGCCGUGUCUGCUAAGAAGCCUAAGUUUGAUGCAGACGUUGGGUCUACCGACGGCAGACCUGUGAAGAAGCGACGCGGGAGCGGUGGUGAUACUUUGGUCGAUACACCCACCUCAGAUAGUGUGUCUGUACCGGUUAAGCGCAGUCGCGAGAGCCGAGCAAGAGUCCAGACCGCUCCCCCUAUUCCCUUUACUGGGUCAUCUGCAAGUUGCAAGGCUCCGAUAAGCACCGUGUUCAAGGAGCGGGGUAGAUCUCAAGGAUGCAAGCGUGCACGAGAACAAGAAAUUGCCGAGCAGUCCCAGUCGGCAAAGGCCUCAGAGGUACUACAGGAACGUCUGAUUAUCAGGAUUAGACCACGUCGCCAAGCGGCUAUAGCAGCUACAGCACUCAACGCAGAGUAUGCUAAAGCAGACGCGGAAUUCAAGAAGCAGCCUGACAAGCUUGGCCUCGUGGAUAUCGUGUUCCGCGAUACCGCGCGCAGUGCUCCAAUGUACUCUAACUGUCGAGAUCCAGAGGCGAGCGACUGGACAGCGGAUCUAGACGAUACACAGCCGGGCGAUUCUGGUGAUGAAGAUACACCUCUUGCAACGGGACUCCGCAGGACAGUAGCCGAGCAGGUUGCAGCCCCGCCACCUCACUCCGCGGCCCAGGAUCAGGCAAGCGGUCCCCAGGAGACGCGCAUCCUCGAGGAAGGCAAGGUUGACGAGCCCACGGACGCGUACGUGAGGCGGCAGGACGAGCAAUUUGAGCUGGUAUAUCCACAACUGACUCAUUGUCCCGUCUUCGACUCGACUCUCAACACCAAGCCGUUCGCGCCGAAGCUACCCUUGCUGCGAUUACCGCCCAUAUGGGCGCAGUCGAGGCAAGAGGUCUGCGAAUCCUGCGACUGGUUCCGUAGCUACCAAGGUGGUGUCUAUUUUGUUAAAGAUCUUGUCAGAGGAUAUCUGUUGAGCGCGUUUUCCGCAAGUCGAGACUUGUUCCAUAAUGGCGGAAAGCUUAUUAUAUCUCAUGGAGGAGGCAAAGCGGGCCAGUCAUUGGCGAAGGCUCCUGGCACUGUUCGGGCAAGCGAUCAGCAGGAGGAUGACAAGUCCGUCAGGGCCCUCCUGCACAACUAUCGAAUUGGUCGUCCCCUCGUACUCAUCGUCGACGACAAAUAUUCGCUCUUCCCAUAUGAUCUCGCGGCGAAAGGUGUAACCUACGCUGUAUUGGGCUGGUAUCAAAUUGCCCAUGCCUGGGCCGAGUUACAGGCAGAUGCAUCGAGUUCCACGGGUAAGGUUGUCAGGUGGAAAUUCGCCUUCCAGUGGUGCGACGCACAAGGUUCUCCGUGGUGGAGCGACUCAUGUCCGACAACAGGCAAAACCGUCCACGAGUACAAGUGUCCCUGGUUUCCCUCGCCGCAGGUAUACGACGUGGGCUGGAUGUGUCUCAGGCCGAGGUGUCCUGUCUUCUGGUAUUUCAGGAGCGCAAUCGAAGCUCCCACAUCCCUCAGCUACGCAGCUUCAUUUUUGCGGCCUGUGACAAUCAGCGCCGACCAAAUCCUAGAAGAUCUCCGGCCGGGCCUUCCUGUUGCUGGUGUCCCUAUCGACCGCAUUACGACUGGUCGGCACUUUUGCAAAGGGCUCCACUGCACAAACUGCGGACGACUCUCGAGCAGGUAUAAAUGGGAGCACUGGGAAUGUCGUUCAUGUUCAUUCACGUAUGCCGUUCCGGGGCGCUUACGAGAGGCCAGAGAAUUCCGCAGCCAGAAGAGCGACAAGAUGGAUAAGCAUACACAUCAACCCAGCCUCGAGCUGCUACCUCUUGCCGUAUUUAGGAGUGGAAAAGCCUUGGGGCAGCGGGCCACUUUCAAACUCCCAGGUGAAAGAGGGUACAUUCAUGUCUUAUUUGCGGCGCCCAACAUGAAUCAGGAAGCGGACAUCACCCUCCGCGAAUAUCAAGAACAGGCCGCUACCGGGCAGUUAGAGUUCCGGAGAUGGCCUUUACGUAGCCACAAAUGCAGAGGCACCCUGUUGGCGAACUAUUUCUCACAAAACAGUAAGUUACUACAGCCGCCCAUCUCUUCGGCAAUGCUCAUGCCACGAACAGCGGGGGCACCGUACCAUUAUAUAGCAGGCGACGAGAAUACAGUGCCUUUUGACCGUGCCCCAUCGGCCGUCAACCGCGCACUCAACCUGAUCAAGCAGCGCAUCCAAGAAGCCGGUCUUGACAUCCCACCCACUUUCAAUGAGGUGCUUACGGCGGCUUAUAUGGAGAAGCAGAAGAUGGCUUUCCAUAGUGAUGCUGAGAGAGGGCUGGGGCCGAAUGUUGCCUCGCUAUCGCUGGGCGCUGCUGCUCACAUGCACUUUCGCUUGCACGCACAAUACGCUGGUGAAAUUCAGCCUUCACAAUCGCGAGAUGUGCUGACACUGUUCCUUAAGCAUGCAAGUUUUCACUUCUCGCUUUGUGAAUUUCCGGUGCUCACUGCUAGAUAG